UGCAAGCUGCUUCAGUCUCCAUCCUACUGUUCCUCUGGUGAACUAGGUUAACUUAAAUUUGCAAAAAGAUGCCUAAACUCCUGCAAGGCAUUGUCACUGUCAUUGAUGUUUUCUACCAAUAUGCUACCCAGCAUGGGGAGUGUGACAAGUUGAACAAGGAAGAGCUAAAAGAACUUUUGGAAAAUGAAUUUCACGAAGUUCUAAAGAACCCAGAUGAUCCAGAUACUGUAGAUAUCAUCCUGCAAAAUCUGGAUAGAGACCACAAUGAACAAGUGGAUUUUACUGAGUAUCUUCUGAUGGUAUUCAAGUUGUCUCGGGCUUGUAAUAAAAUUGUUGGCAAAGACUACUGCCAAGCUUCAGGGUCAACACACAAAGAUCAUAGUCAUAAGCACCAAGAGGAACAGAGUGACACAGAAGAGGAAGGAAAAGGCCAAAAAUCCUCUUCCAUUUACUCAAGUUCAAGCGCAGGAGAGUAUGGUUCCUUUUCCAGGGAUUCCAGAGGAAGCAUUAAACCUAAGUCUAGGUCCACCUCCAGAAAAUUGAAGCAUGAAGACUUGUCUAGUUCUGAGCACAGAGGGAGCUCUAAGGAAAGGACAGAGUCAAAUUCAGGCUACUUCAAGGAUAAUGAAAAAACCAAGUAUGGCUCAAAUCAACAAUAUAAGAAAAAUGCAGGCCAAUCCCCUAAUCAAUGGCAUCAUGGAUUCAACUCAAGCAGCUAUGAAAAACAAGAUUACUGGUCAAAUUCAAAUGACCUUAUUAGUCAACAACAAAAAUACGGUUCUGAACCAAGACAGUCCUCAAGCUAUAAAGAGUAUGAGUAUGAAUCAGGUAAGGCCACAAGUAAUAACAAAAAUAAAUUAAAUUCCUAUCAGCCCUCUACUCAGAGAAAACACAGCAGUAGCUCUAGUCAUCAUCUAGAAAGCUGUGAACUGGAGUAUGGGUGUGGCUCAGGACAAUCUUCCAGAUAUGGUCAGCAAAAGACUAGAUCUGGAGAGUCUUCUAGCUAUGGACAAUAUGGUUCUGGGUCCAGCCAUUUUUCUAGGCAAAAAUAUAAAUCCAGUGCACAUGGGCAUUCAGGAAGUUGUGAAAAUCAAACACAUAGCUCUGGAUCAAGUCAAUCCUCUAACUACGGAAAAUAUGGAUCUGGCUGUAGUCAACCUCCUAGUCAGAAAUACCAUGAAUCCACCUCAACAAGUUAUGAACAGUAUGGGUCAGGGUCAGGUAAGUCAUCAAACUGUGGUCAGUAUGGAUCUUCAACUGGUCAGCCCUCAAGCUUAGGACAACAUGGAUCUAGAUCAGGCAAAUUUUCUAGCCACAGUCAACACAGGUCUGGUUUAGGUCAGUCAUGCAGUUAUGGUGAACAGAGUUCAGGCUCAGAACAGUCUUCAAGAUAUAGUCAAUAUGGAUCUGGAUCAGGCCAGUAUUCUAGCCAUAGGCCACAUCAGUCAAGUUCAAGAGAGUCAUCUAGUUUUGGCCAACAGGAAUCUGGCUCAGGUCAGUCUUUUGGUUUUAGUCAGCAUGGAUCUGGCUUAGGUCAGUCCUCUAAUUAUAGACAUGGUUCUUCAUCAGGACAGACACCAAACUGUGACCAACAUGGAUCAAACUCAAGUCAGACUUCUAGUUGUGGACAGCAUGUGUCUGGAUCAAACCAGUCUUCUAGGCACAGGCAAUAUCGGUCUGGUUCAAGUUCAUCUCCUAGCAGUGGUCAGCAUGGCCAACACAGAUCUGGAUCAAGCCAAUCUUCUAGGCACAGGCGAUAUCAGUCUGGUUCAAGUUCAUCUCCUAGCAGUGGUCAGUAUGGCCGACACAGAACUGGAUCAAGCCAAUCUUCUAGGCACAGGCGAUAUAGUAGGUCUAGUUCACAGCAAUCUUCCAGCAAUGGUAGAUACAGAUCCGGCUCAGGUCAGUCCUACAUCCACAAUCAACAUGGAUUUGAACCUGGUCAGUCCUCAAAGUUCAGCCAUUCUAGGUCAAGUCAUUCUUCUGGCUUUGGUCAAUAUGGAUCUGGUUCGGGAAGGUCAUCUAGGUUUGGGCAACAUGGUUAUGGCUCAGGAGAGUCCUCUAGCUUUGGUCAGCAUGGAUCUGGCAUAGACCAAUCCUGUAGCAAUGGGCAACACAGUUCAGCUUCAGGAGAGACACCAAGCUAUAGCCAACAGCGGUUUGGCUCAAGUCACUCUUCUAGCUAUGGCCAACAUGUGUCUGGUUCAAAUCAGUCUUCCAACUACAGCCAAUAUGGGUCUUCCUCAGCACAGUCUUCUGGCUUUGGCCAGCAUAGAUCAGGCUUAGAUCAAUCUUCCAGCUAUAGUCACCAUAGGUCUGGUUUAGGUCAAUCUUCUAACUAUGGUGGAUACAGGUCUAGCUCAGGUCAGUUGCCUCGCCAGGGCCAAUGUGGGUCUGAAUCCAGUCAAUCUUCAAGGUUUAGCCAACACGGGUGUGAAUCAAAUCAGUCUUCUGCCUUUGAGAAACAUGAAUCUGGCUCAGGUCAGUCUUCUGGCUUUGUUCAACAGGGGUCUGGCUCAGAAGAGUCUUUUGGUUUUAGUCAGCACAGAUCUGGCUUAGGUCAAUCACCUAGUUAUGGACAACAUGGUUCUUCAUCAUCAUGCUGUGGUCAGCAUGGAUCCAACUCAGGUCAGUCUUCCAGCUAUGGUCAGCAAGGGUCUGAAUCAAAUCAGUCAUCUGGCUAUGGUCAACAUAUAUCUGGAUCAGGCCUGUCUUCUAACCAAAGGCAACAUGGGUCUUACUCAAGAGAAACUUCUGGCUUUAGUCAACAUGAGUCAGUUCCAGAAGAGUCAUCUGGUUUUAGUCAGCAUGGUUCUGGCUUAGGUCAAUAUUCUGGCUGUGGACAACAUGGCUCAAUAUCAGGACAGUCAUCAUGCUGUGGUCAACAUGGACCCAACUCAGCCCAAUCCUCCAGCUAUGGUCAAUAUGGAUGUGGUACAAAUCAGCCUUCCAACUCUGGCCAAUAUGGAUCUGCCUCAAGUUGUUGUUCUAGUCAUAGCCAACAUGGAUAUGCCUCAAGUAUGCCUGAACACUAUGAGUAUGGUUCAUGUCCUUCAUCUGUCUCUGGACAAUGUGGUUCUAGAUCUGGUCAUUGUUCUAACUCUCAACAAUAUGGAUCUGAUUUAUGUUACUCAUCUAGCUCUGGGCCAUGUGGUCCUAGACCUAGUCAGUGUUCUAGUUUUGAGCAACAUGAAUCACAAGGAGGAUGUGGAAACCAGUGGAAAUCUAGAACCAAUACUAUCAAUAAAUUGUCAUUUUGCAAUAAGGACCACGGACAAAGUAGCUAUCAUCCCCAAAAAGAACAAGCAGACAGCUGUAGAGAGGGAAGUACAGGCUCAAGAUCCCAAAGUUUCAAUAGUAGCACUCCACUCUAUGAAUAUGUCCAACAGCAAAAGUAUUAAAAAUAGAAAUGAAUAAUGAAUACAAGUGAAACUAACAAGAACAGCAAUUUUAAAAAUGAGAAACUGUUACAAAGAAGCAACUCAUCAAGAAAUUUCUAUGCUUCAUCUUUUUCUUUUAAACCUUAAUUGUACUUUCUACUACUUGUUAUUUGGCUCCUUCCCCCCAAAUGUAGGGUGUGUGAGAUAGUUUUUACGUAAUAUUGAGUUGAAUAUAUGACCAAUAUGGGGUUAAAUUUGGAAAAAUAAUGCAAAGUAUUUUAGGAACUUGGAUUUUAGUGAAGGUAUCUUUUUGACAGUUCAUUAUUUAAUCAGGGAUAAUGCCAAAGCUAACAAUGUGGUUUUAAAAAAUUAGAUACUGUAAAUAUACCAUACUAAAGUUAAAGCUUUCUCUAACAGCUACAUGUAAUCAGAUUUGGGGGGUAUCCGAUAUAGAAUAGAAGCAAAAAUCAAAUCCUAAAGGCAAAGAUAUACCACUGAUAGUGUGUUGGCUACACUCCUUUAUUUUUUGAGCACAUCGUUUGUUAGGUAACUAACUGGUAAUAUGAAGAGUUACUUAACAUGCUACUCCUAGGCCAAGCAAGAACAUAAUUUCUCAAUGAGCAAGUUGGAGCAGUUCAGGAUCAAAGGAUCCAAAUGUAGGUUUUAACCUGCUUUCAACAAAAAGAUCUCAGUUCCUACUUACUUGGCUCCAUAUUUUUUCUGUGUUUUUUUUUUCUCUCUAAAAUUAAAAAAUAAAUUAAGUAAUUAAAAAUAGAAGUUGGGCUCAGAUUAAAAAAAACUUUAGAGGUGCUUAAUAUAGAAAUAUAAUAAUUCCAUGUAGGAGAAUAUCCAUACUCAGAUAGGAAGAAAGACUAUCACUGUUAUAUAGUUCCUUUUUUUGAUUGUAGUGAAUUUGUUUCAAGUGUUUGGAUUCAAAUAACUGCAUUGCAUUAAAACUGGCAAUGAAUAAAUGGUGAUCAAAUAUA